AUGCGUUUUAGUUGUGUUGCUUGGAGCCCUCUUAUGGCUUCGGUGAUGGUGAACAGUGGGUAUGAUGGAUCUGUUACUGUAUGGGACAUAAAUAAGGUAAGAAGGCUGCGGAAGUUUAAUGAACAUGAGAAGAGGUGCUGGUCAGUGAGCUUUGCCAGAACGGACAACCAUAUUUGUGCAACAGGGAGCAAUGACUGUUCUGUAUGUUUGGAACGCUUCGAUCUCUUUUUCACUGGUCUUAAGGUGAAAAUCUGGAACUUGAAUAUGGCAAAUUCUGUUAUGACCAUUAGGCCAUACUUCGUGGUGUGUACUGUGAAUUUCGGUUUCACCAAAAACGAAUUGGCUGUUGGUUCUGCAGAUCGUUCGGUUUACUUGUAUGACCUCCGUCAGCCGUUGCGGCCUCUCAAUGUUUUUGCGGGACAUCGCCAAGCUGUUUCUUAUGUUCGCUAUCUUAAUCCAGAGGAGAUUGUUUCUGCAUCAACUGAUAAUAACCUUCGAUUGUGGAAUACUCGUUCAGCAGAAUGCACUCGUGUCUUUUAUGGUCACAGAAAUACGAAAAACUUCGUUGGACUCAGUUCUUGCGGCGAUCAUAUUUUGACAGGUGCGUGCCUGAAAAUUUGUUCUAAAUAA